UUUUACUGUAUUGAAAUAUAAUACGGAAUUGUAAUAAGCUUUGCAGUCCCAAAAGUGGUUGGAUUAUAGAUCUUCUAAUUAUGAUGUUUUCACAGAUGCAGUGGCCAUAAGACUCACUCAUCUGGGGACACCGUUUUCAUUUAUCAAAAUUACAUAUUUCUCUUAUCAGCACACAUUUGACAAUAAUCUAAUAUUUUUUCCUAGAAGUGUAAUAUCACUUGCUAUCGCUUUUGCACAACUAACAGUGAAACAAAUAGUGUUUUUCUGUAGUACUUGGUCUCCCUCAGGCUAGUCGCUGUAGCAUAUGCUUAGUGCAACUCACAGUCUUGCAGUCAGGUGGGGAUCACAAGACGAAUGGUCUAAUCCCCUUCACUACAAAAGCACGCUCCAAAUCACUUUCUUUCUUAAUGUGUGUAAAGCCCACUGGAACACAAGAUGAUCCGCCUAUAAUUUUCUGAUUUCUAACUAUUGCUGUAACUAAUUUGACAGAUACACUAGAGAGAAAGCGCGGCAAACCGUUUUUACACCUCUCUCGGGAACUAAUUUAGCAAAAACAAGAAAAUGAAGUUUAUUUGUGUUGGAUUCUUCUGUUUGCUGGUGGGGACUAACCUUGCAGGUGCUCAGUUCCCCCGCGCUUGCUGCACAGUGGAAAGCAUACAGACCAAGCAGUGCUGUCCAGCCUUGGGGUCGGAUCCGGCGAACAUCUGCGGAGCUCUGGAGGGACGAGGGAGCUGCGUGGCCGUGCGAGUGGACACCAAACCCUGGGGAGGACCCUACAGACUCAGGAACGUGGACGACAGGGAGAGAUGGCCCACCAAGUUCUUCAAUCAAACUUGUAGAUGUAACGGUAACUUUGCUGGUUUCAACUGUGGUCAGUGUAAGUUUGGCUGGACCGGGCCUAACUGUGACCAGAGAAAAGCCCCCGUUGUGAGGAGAGACAUUCACAGCCUGAGCCCCGGGGAGCUGGUCGAGUUCUUAGACGUCCUGGACCUGGCUAAAAGCACAAUUCACCCGGACUACAUGAUUGCGACGCAGCACUGGUUAGGCCUGCUGGGACCUAACGGCACCGAGCCACAGUUCAGCAACAUCUCAAUCUACGACUUCUUUGUGUGGCAGCACUACUAUUCUGUACGAGACACGCUGCUGGGUCCCGGUCGACCAUUCAAAGCCAUUGACUUCUCCCACAAAGGGCCGGCCUUCAUUACAUGGCACAGAUACCACCUGCUCAGUCUAGAGAGAGAUCUACAGAGGCUGAGUGGUAAUGAGAACUUUGCCAUCCCGUUCUGGAACUUCGCUACAGGGCAGAGUGAGUGUGACGUGUGCAGAGACGACAUGCUGGGGGCCCGGGACCCCGCCAACCCCUCCCUUAUCAGCAGACAGUCCCGCUUCUCCAGAUGGGGCGUGGUCUGCAACAGUUUGGAUGACUACAACCGCCUGGUGACCUUAUGUAACGGCACUAAUGAGGGCUUCAUCCAAAGAGGAGCCAUGGAGGGCGGCAACAUGUCCCUGCCCACCAUGAGUGACGUGCGGAGCUGCCUCGGCAUCAGAGACUUCGACAGCCCGCCCUAUUUCACCAACUCCUCCUUCAGCUUCAGAAAUGCUCUUGAAGGCUAUGAAAGGCCAGAUGGUGAACUGGAUGAAACAGUCAACAACCUUCACAACCUCGUUCACUCUAUGCUCAAUGGCACCAGCGCUUUGUCCCACUCGGCCGCCAACGAUCCCAUUUUUGUGGUGCUUCAUGCUUUCACCGAUGCUAUUUUUGAUGAGUGGAUGAGAAGGUUUGUCCCAUCCAACGGCACAUUCCCAGAUGAGAUGGCACCUAUUGGACACAACAGGGAUUACAACAUGGUGCCCUUCUUCCCUCCCAUCACGAACGAGGAGAUCUAUGUGGCGUCUGAACAGCUGGGGUACUCCUACGCCAUUGCCCUGGAGGCAGACAGCGGCUCUCCUGUGAUCGUGCUGGGCUCCACUCUGGGGGGAGUGUUCAUCGGGCUACUGGUGCUGCUGCUUAUCUUGGCACUCUACAUGCGUCAGCGCAGAAAGACAGGCUUCGAACCUCUGAUAAAGGCCGACUUCACCAACAAGAAGUACACUGAGGAAGCCUAGAGUCACCCCCCAACGCCAGGACAGCUUAUGUCACAUGACCCCACUGUAAAACAAUUCAUGUGUAAAUUAUGUUAAUGAUUGAAAGUCUAAAAUGUAUAGAGAAUAAUGUUUUAUCUUCUUGAAAUGGCAA